UGUCCCCUUCCUUGGAGUGCGAGGGUGACGGGUUUCCAAUCGACUACGGGUCCAGGGACACCAUCAUAAGAGCCGAUGCGAAAAAGGAGCGAAGGCGUGGGCAAAUAAAGAGGGCCGACAGCUGCAGCAGCUGGGAUCGAGGCCCCGUCAGAGCUGAGGGUGGCAGAGAGAGGCACCAGGCUGAGUUCGGACUGAGCAGCGGCGCAGCCAUGCGCUGCUCCACCCUGCUGUUGAUCUUCACCGUGGUGCUCCUUUACUUGGUGAUGGGAGCGCUGGUGUUCCGCUCCCURGAGGCUCCGCUGGAGGAAAAAGAGCACGYGGUGCUGAUGGACCAAACCCGGGAUUUUCUGUUCAACAACUCCUGCAUUGACCUGUACGCCCUCAACGACUACGUACAGAAAGUGCUUGAGGCUGUAGGUGCGGGAGUGGACGCUGAAGCUGCUAUACUCAAUAAAACCUUUGCCACGAACUGGGAUAUGGCCAGUGCUCUUUUCUUCUCAGGGACAAUAAUGACUACCAUCGGCUAUGGAAACAUCUCCCCCAAGUCAGAUGGAGGGAAGCUCUUUUGCAUCUGUUUCGCCCUCGUGGGAAUCCCAAUGUUUGGCAUCCUGCUUGCUGGGGUUGGUGACCGUCUCGGUACCGGGCUGAGGAACAUUGUUGCCAAAAUAGAGAAGCUCUUCCUGAAGUGGCGCGUCAGUCCUACUGUUGUGCGUGUGAUCUCAGCAGUCCUGUCCAUCCUGCUGGGYUGCUUGCUUUUUCUUGCUGUGCCCACUUUGGUUUUUCAAGAGGUGGAAAACUGGUCCCUUCUGGAAUCUUCCUACUUUGUGGUUAUCACACUGACCACAGUGGGCUUUGGUGACUAUGUUGCAGGUAAACAAACAUCUGAAUCUGGAUCAGAAUCAGAAACGGACUCUCAGGCCACGCAGACCGACCGGGUUCCAGGAACGGAGGCUCCUCCGGAUCCUGUCCAGCCGCAGCCGCAGCCUCUGGACUACUUGGCGGAGAACCUUGCCUUCAUUGACGAGUCCUCGGACGCUCAGAGUGGCAAAGUGCAACUAGAACCAGUACAAGAAUCAAAACAACCCAAGUCUCGUCAGGCAAAGAGGAGACGCCACAGGCGGCCGACUAAUAGGAGAAGCUCUAAAACCAGCUACUCYAACAAUAACAAAAGACAACCCAAUGGAAACACAACACCUGUCCCAGAUCUUCCUAAAAAGCCUCUGGACUGAGAAUACUAACACCUGCCCACUGCUGACGGAGGAGGUCUCAGUCCAGCAGUUCCUUUCUGUGUAAAUGCUGCCUAUAUACUGUCAGUUAAAACAAAGACACAAUGCUGAUGCCUUAUAAACCUUUGUGUGGUUUGCCAUAUAACUUUUCUCCUUGCAUGUGAGUGCAUAUGCAGCAAAUGAAAAGAUUAAGAUGCCAUAGGUUCUACGACUUUGUGAGGAGCUACUGCUCUCUACUGGCUUAAAACGGUAUUGCACUGAUCACCACUGUGUCAAAAUGAACCACUUUUUUUUWAUAAUCCGGAUACUGCAACCAGAUUUGUGUUGUCAGAAACUUGCUACAUCAGUGUGAAACUCAAUUUAGAGAAAUGCUGCUGUUACCCGAGUCCAUUGUCCUUGAAUCCUGCCAACAAUCUAACAGGUUUACUUUUUGGUACCUAACGAGUUUGUAAAAAUAAUAUGCAUAGCCAUCCGUUUGCAUUUUUGAUGGUCAGAUUCAUCAUUGCUACUAUACUGCAUAAGUGCAUUAAAGAACUUUUCAAAAAGAAA